AUGGAUCCCUUGCAGAACCUUCUGAAGAAGCCUCAAAAGGCCUUCGGGAACGGCUCUGCGCUGGUGGUGACCCUCUUUGAGGAGGAGGCGGGUGAUGCUCUGGGCGGCACCAAGCCCAAGACGGAGGCCGGCCGCCCCAUCCAGGCCGCCGCCCCCUUCGUGGAUGUCUCCCUCGUCGACGUACAGACACUGCAAGCGCGUGCCGUGCGCCUGGGCAGCCGCGCGCCUCCAAUCUACAUACGCGUCGCCACACUGGAGCCGGAGUCAAAUUGGAUCUGCGCCUUUUGGGACGAAGAAGCCGGCGACGGUGGCGAAUGGUCCACCGAGGGCGUGCGGCUUGCGACCCUGUCGGAGCUCGAGGAUGUCUUUGGGGCCACGGCGGAGGUUUCUGGAACCUGGUGUGCCACAGAGCACCUCUCCAUCUUUGGCGCUUUCGUCGACAUCCUCCUGGACUGCACGAAUGCAAACAUGCUGACGCCGGAAGGGCUCAAGGAGAUCGUGGAGCGCCAGGACUGGUGGCUGCGACCGCCUGGUUUGGGGCUUUGGCUGCUGCUCUUCGCAUGUUUUCUGCUCAUCUGCUUCGGCUGCAUUACUGAUGCGCGUGUCCGCCGCUCGGGGCUUUGGAGGGACGAGUACUUCCUGACGGACCUCCCACCGGCACAACUGCCAAGGAAAGGGAGACUCUGCGGGACUUGCAGAAGGACCGGCGACUCCGCUUCGAAGCCCGGUGAAGUGCCAGGGAUCGAGGAAAAGGAGCAGAAAGCGGACUCCGCACCUUCUAAGCCUCCGAAGUCGGCAUUGUCGCAGCUGCGAGCAGGAAUCGCUGGGAUUUCGGAAUCACCCGCUCAGCUUGCUCAGCUGCAGAAGCGGAUGCUCCACAGGGCGAAACCCUCCCUGGCGUCCGGCUUGCAAGAGAGCACGAUCUGUAGAAACACUUUGUGGGAGGCCGCUCUGCGUCACAAUCUGCACAUCAACUCCAUCGAAAUGCACAUCUGGGGUCGCCGUGGCUGGGUCCAAGGGAGCUUGGCCACCCAUCGGUCUCCCUUGAUGAAGGAAAUGGCCUUGCAGAUGGAGGAGAGCUUACCCUCCUCCUUCGUGAAGGUCCACGCGUCGCGAGCACAUCGGCUUUGGGCUUCACUGGUGGCAACGCACCCCGUCUACGAGCUCUGUUUGUGCGACAUCCACAUGACCGCGGCCAAGCGUGCCAAGAUCAUUAUGGACUGCGUACUGGGAUCCAUGGCUUUUGUUGCCUUAUUCUUUUCCGUGGACGGGUCGGCGGUGGCGGCGAGAAGCCCCGCAGACUGCCCGAUUGAGCAAGGGACAUUCUUGUGGUACACCUUCGUUGCGAUGUUCUCGGUUUUGCUGAAUUUCCUGCCACGCAGUCUGGAAUGCCACCUGGCCUACCGCAGCUUUGUGCAAGAAAGGUCAGGCCGGCGGCGCUGGCAGCUGUGGAUGCGGCGUUGCAAAGACCUGGCUUUCUGGAUGUUCAGUAUCGGCCUGUCCUUGAUCCAGCUCUUGGUCGUCACUGCAUUUCUGGCUAACCUGUCAGAGGCCGACGAGUUCAAAUGGAUGUUCACCUUCGCAGUGGUGCUUCUGCGAAAGCUGGUGAUCGUUCCGCUGCUCGCGUGCUUCUUCUCCAGCCUUGGCACUGAGCUGUUGCGCUGCGGACGUGCGGGAGAGCCGAUCGUGCCACCGAAGAAGCUGGGAUUGGAUCUUCAGGUGCGAGAACUGGCAGAUGCCGGCCCCACGCAGCCCAGUGCACCCGAAACCCAUGGAGAGGUGUGGUUCGAAAAGGUGCGGGAGCUGGCAGGUCGGGGCCUCACAAUCCGCCAGCUGCUCGAGUUCUACGCAGAUCUUGGUCAGGGCAACAUGAAACAUUUUGAUCCCAGCCGGUCGACGACGCACGAUGUUGUGCGGCAAGCCAUCAUCCCACGGUCUUUGCAGUUGAGAGAAACUCGCUGUUUCCUCGUGGUGGUCCAUCGGGCGACGGAGCUGGCUUCCGUGGAUUUCACGGGCUCGGACCCCUAUUGCAUCGUGUCGGUGCAGGGCCCGGGGGAAGGCCUUGAGAAGCCUUGGAAAGGCGGGGGUCGCACCCAUGUGGCGCAUGGCCAGAAUCCGGUUUGGGACGAGGCAUUCGUUGUGGAGGAUGUCUUCCAAGAGGACCAUCUCCACUUCAGUGUUUGGGAUCGCGACUUUCUUUCCAGCGACGAUCCCCUUGGCAAGACGUCUCUGUCUGCAGAGAGCGUCUGGCAGGGUCAGCAAGUGCUUCUCGAGCUCAGAGGAGGCACAGAUGGCGGCGGCGGCUUUCUUGACGUUUCCGUCGAAGUCUAUAUGAGUGCAGAGAAAGCGCGGGAGGCCAAGGAGGAGGCAGAUGAUAUCGACGAGAACGUGGUGAUUCGUGGCGGUUUCUCCCCAACAAAGCUACGCCUCAGCGCUUCGCGUGGAGUGCUCGGAGGAGAGGAAGCGGCAGGUGAAGGCUAUGCCUAUGCCACUGUUGUGAAUGGCGGCUGUGCACAUCUCGCCGUAAAGAUGGUCACGCACAGCUGGCGUAACAAGUUCACCCAUCUUUUCGCCGCCGUUCUUGCUGAUGCUUUGGAUGCGGAGAAGUAUGACGAGAUUGCGAGAAGCCUUUCAGAGCGUGACUUUGGCAUGCUGACUGAAGCCUUGCACAAGAAGGGCAAGCUCGAUGUCCGCUAUUGGAUUUGUGCACUCUCAGUGAACCAGCACACCGGGAUCUGUGCGAGUCCUCCACCUGCAGACUCAACGGGGUAUGCCAUAACCCCGUGCCAGUGCAGCACGCCAAAGUAUUUCGAGGGAGAUCUCAGCGAGAUGAACAAGUUCGACGACAUGAUGGCGCACCUCAAGAAGUCCUUGCGUCGGCAGGGCAAGGCACGGUUGGAGCAAGUGGUGGCUCUGGAGGCCGAUUUCUCGCUCCUGACGAGGGUUUGGUGCUUGGCGGAGCUUGUGGAAGCGCAUGAGCUCCACCUGCCACAGGCGAUCAAGAUCCACUCGGUGGCGGCCAGGGACCUUUGUUUGGAAAGGCUUGCGCGAUUGGAUGUCAGGGAUGCUGAAGCUUCAUUCCCCGCAGACAAGGAGCUCGUCCUCGGCAAAAUCAGCGAUCCCGACGGUUUCAACAUGGGACUGCAGGACCUCGUGUUGCAUCGCUUGGAUUCCUUCCUACAGGGCAACCGAGCACGCUCUGCUGCAGCGCUGCUGGAUGAAGUCGUCCUGGCUGCGCUCAGUGUGGCCAUCUGA